AUGUCGACUAUCGAAUUGAUACCGUUAGAAAAAGGAAAUCGGCUUCUGCUUGAUGGUACAUCUGUAACAACGAUUGGUCGUACACCCAAUAUCGGUUGUUUGGAUAAAAAAAUCUCUCGCAAUCACGCGGAAUUAUACGUGAAAUCCGAUGGAACCCUUUGGAUAAAACCGAUCCAUCAUAAUCCGACAUUCUAUAGAACGAAAUCUAAUCAAUUAAUUACAUUAACAAAAGAUCAAGAGUUCGAAUUGAAUGAUAAUGAUGAAAUUGGCCUAUUGCCUAAUGAAUACUUCUAUCGCAUUUCAAUCAAAUCAAACGAGCAAGAGCAAGUUAACGAACCCUCGGUAACACCUAAAUCACCAGCUCAAGAGAAAGAGCCUUCUCCGCCGAAAAGCAAUCCCAAAGAAAAAUCUCCUGUCAAAGAUCCAAGCGUCGAACCUGAAGGUGGAAUUAUUCUGCACACAACUCGUGCAUUGCCCGCAUGGAUGACCAAUGGUACAACACCUGAACGAAAGAAUGCUAGAGGGUCAGGUAAAAAUACAAAGACGCCGACAUCUACAGCAACCACACCGUCACCCUCGAAAUAUCGAACGUAUAUUGGACGAAAGAAAGCGGAAGGAGUUGUGUAUGACGAUGAUGAUGAGGAUAACGACGAGAAACCGUCAGAUAACACACCCUCAAGUCAAACAGCCGCGGUAGCGACUAAGCUUGGCAAACGAGAACGAUGUCCGUAUGGAAAGUUUUGUUAUAGAAAAAAUCCAGCCCAUCGGAAGGAAGCCAUUCAUCCUGGUGAUCCUGACUGGAAUAACAAAGAAAAUGAUACUGACGAGACAAAACCAGAAUGUCCCUACGGAAGCGAUUGCUAUCGAAAAAAUCCUGAUCAUUUUAAUGAAUAUAGUCAUACGAAAAAGCGAUCAUCUGUGACUAAUUCUAAUCAACGUGCACCGAAACGAAAAGCUAAGGACGACGAUGACGAUGAAGAUGAUGACGACGGAUUACCCAAUGAAUAUGAUUAUAAUGAUAGUUUUAUCGACGAUGAAGAUCUGGAAGAUAGUGCGCUGGUUGAUCGAGCAGGUGAUUCUCAGGGCGCUCCUGACAAAGAGUGGAAACCACAUAGAAAAGCUCGACAUUCAGAUCGUGAUGACGAGGAUGUCUCUACCGAUGAAAGUGAGAUUGAUUUAUUAAAAGAAGAGGCUGCUGAAUUCGUACAAGGCACACCCAUCCACAACCCACGUCCAGCCAAAAAGAAAGCACGUGUACAUAUGCCCAAUGAUAACGAUGAUGAUGAUGAUGAUGAUAGCGAUUAA